GUCACAUAAAAAAGUGACGAUUUUGUUGUACAACUUUGUUUACAUUUUUAAUAUUAUUUGCGCAAAGAUUUAUUAUCAUUUCAUGCUGACUUCAUUUCAAGUACCUAAAAAUCGCCUUUGUUUAUAGCUGCAAUAGUUCAUAAUGUUGUCGAGAAACAAAAUAAUUGGACGAAAAUAGUUGAAAACUUAUUUGUGACAACAAAAAAAAGGUUUGUAAACAAAAGAUAAGAUUUCGCUCGACUUACGACGGAGAAUAAUGCGGAUUUUUUGGAGUUCAUAAAUUUUGAAGAAUGAGCUAAAUUUAAACUUUGUGGCAGUUCUUAUCAUCGGUGUAUUAUCACGUUUUAAUGUUUAUUUACUUUUAUUUUUCACGAGUGUUUAGUAUUGGUAAGUUAUUGUUGGAGUUUUAAAGAGAUUUGAUAUUUUACUGCGUAUCUGAAGUUUUUUAAGUGAAUCCAUAUGCCGAUGCAAGAUUAUUUUAAAUCAUAAGCUGGACCUUGUGUGGCCAAAAAGCCUUAUCUGCGUUAAGAUUUCUCUUUUUUAACUUAAUACCUACAAUUCUCCCAACCUUCAACGACAAACCUUGAAAUCUACAAUCAAACAAAAAAAGUGUUUCUCAACCUUGAAAAUCACCCUUCAAAUAUUUAACACCAAAAUAUUGUCAACAACAGAACCUACAAAAUUUUAAUCACUCAAGUGCAAGUAUCAAAAUUCUAAAGCUAUGUUUGAUCAAAAAUUUAAAUCACAUAUCAGAACAUGCUCGUUUCCUGUUUCAAACAAAUUCUCAUUUCCCUAUCAUGUUCAUAAAGUCUAUAAAUUUGUGAUCAAAUCACGACAAAGUUCUAUUUUGUGUUUUAAUUUUCAUCUGAUUUGUUUAAAAUUGUGGAAAAUAAUGAAGUUAUUAUUCCCGAUUUUGCUAGCAGUGCUAUUUUUAGUGCAAUUUAUUUCAUAUGCUGAAGCUAGGCAUCAUCAUGAGGUUGCAGAGAGAGAUUUAACAAAUUCAAGUGUCACAGAGCAAAAAGGAAUUGAUUAUAAAGUUUUAAAUGAUAAAAUUGAGAACGCAGAUCGAAUUGAUGAGGAUUAUCAAAAAAAUCGUGGAAAUCAAAUUAGUUCCUGUCUAGUCACACCAUGUCUCUUUCUAUUGAUAACAUUCAUCAGCUUGUGGAUUAAUAAUUUAUCAUAAAAUCAAAUUUUCUAGUCAAUAAGAUUCUUAACUCUUUAAAAUUGACAUGACCUGCUUUUUCAACUUCACCCUCAACUUGAUUUAGAUACUUAAAAUACUUUGAAUAAAAAUAUAUCUCCAUCCAAAAAAG